AUGGUUGAUGCCCCAAUGAUGAUGUAUGUCAGGCCAAACAUAUGGGCUCUCCAACCAUACAGAGCCGCAAGAGACGACUACUCGGACGGAAUACUCCUCGAUGCAAACGAAAACGCUCUUGGCCCUUCACUCCCUCCUUCAUCAACCACACUCCAACCCAUAGUCACAAACGCCAUCGCCUCUCCUUCCUACUCGGACACCCAUCUAGAACGCUAUCCUGAUCCCCAUCAACAAGAUGUAAAGGAUCUCAUAUCCAAGCUACGCAAUGUUCACCACUCAAACAUAUUUCUGGGGGUGGGAUCCGACGAGUGCAUUGAUUUGGCUAUACGAGUCUUCUGUAAGCCUGCUGCUCAAAAGGUUCUCAUCUGUCCCCCUACGUAUGGAAUGUACUCGGUCGCUGCUCAAACUAAUGAUGUGCAGGUUGUCAAGGUCAACCUGAAUGUCAAGGACGGUGCCUUCCAACUGGAUGUUCCCAAGAUCCUAGAUACAAUAACAGCAGACCCAUCAAUAACACUUCUGAUACUCUGCUCACCCGGAAAUCCAACCGGAACACUAUUGAAAAAAUCAGACAUUCAACAAAUACUCGACUACACACCAUACAAGGGUAUCGUCAUGGUCGAUGAAGCAUACAUAGAUUUCGUAGAACAAGAAGAUGAAGAAUGGGGUAGUUUCGUAUCUUGGGUCCACCAGUAUCCCAAUCUGGUCGUCACGCAGACAUUAUCAAAGUCGUUUGGGCUGGCUGGCAUAAGGUUGGGCCUAUCCAUCUCAUCACCCGAAAUAGCAUCCAUAUUCAACAAGACCAAAGCCCCGUACUCGAUAUCCACACUAACAUCCGUAAUGGCCCGAGCAGCACUAUCUCCAGACGGCGUAUCACGAAUGAAGAAAUCAGUCUCAACCCUCAUAAACACCAGAACCAGACUCAUUACCCAAUUAUCAUCGCUGCCACGGGUUGGCAGAGUACUCGGUGCCAAUCAUGGCAAUUUCGUACUUGCUGAAAUGCUGGAUGCAAGUACGGGCCUGCCUAGUAAUGAGGUUGCGUUGAAGCUGUACAAGACGCUGGCGGAAGUGGAGGGUGUUGUUGUGAGGUUUAGAGGAAGCGAGUAUGGAUGUGAAGGGUGUUUGAGGGUUACGGUGGGUACUGAACAGGAGAAUGACGUGUUUGUGGCAAAGCUGACGAGGUUGCUUGAUGCCAAGCUGUGA